AAGAGAGAGAGAGAGAAGUUUGGUCUUUUUCUCCCUUUCACUGUUUUUUAGGCAUGAACGCCGAGACCUGCAUUUCACACAGCGAUAUGACAUCCAUGGAUUCAUAUUAUAGCCCCUCUGCAGCGCAAGUUAGGGAUCACCAGACGGACCACUUUAGGACAUUCCCAGCCGCUGACACCAAAUACAGCCCCACUGCCUUCCUGCCCAACAAAGGUCAGGCUUACGGAGAAAAGUCCCGGAGCCCCUUCCAGCAGGAGUGCCAGUCAUUGGAUGCCGCCGCAGCUGGGCAAGGCACUUUCAGCAAAUACCACCUCUUCAUGCAGAGGUCUUUUUGCAAAACACCCACCGAGGAGGGCAAACUGCACCAGGAGAGCGGACACAACGGAGCGCUCAUCCCCUGUUAUGUUAAAGACAGUUCAGGUCUGACAGAUUCUGACUUGGCCCAGGACACCGACCCACCCAGCAUGGAUACCAGCUACCUGUCUGUGAAGGAUCAAGGUGUGAAGGCAGCCUCUGAUAGACCACCAGGCACAGACUUGUCAAGCCCUCUGGACAAGGGUGAUGGCGGCGAAAGCAACAAGGGCAAGAAAAGGCGCAACCGCACGACCUUUACAAGCUACCAGCUGGAAGAGCUGGAGAAGGUUUUCCAGAAGACGCACUAUCCUGAUGUUUACGCCCGGGAGCAGCUGGCACUGAGGACUGACCUGACUGAAGCCCGUGUGCAGGUGUGGUUUCAGAACCGAAGAGCAAAAUGGAGGAAACGGGAGCGUUUUGGUCAGAUGCAGCAGGUCAGAACACAUUUCUCAACAGCUUACGAGCUGCCUCUUCUGACGCGUCCUGAGAACUACGCACAGAUUCAGAACCCCUCUUGGAUCGGUGGCAGCAGCGCAGCAUCUCCUGUGCCGGGCUGCGUUGUGCCCUGCGAUACUGUGACCCCCUGUAUGACACCUCACCCCCACUCUGCCAGCGGGAUGUCUGAUUUUCUGGGAAUGCCGAGUCCUGGAGGUCAUGUGGGACAGGCUCACAUGGGCAGCCUGUUUGGAGGGCCUCAUGGUAUGGCUACAGGCAUCAACACGUACGAUCUAAACAUGGACCCUGAUCGCAAGUCCUCCAGUAUCGCCGCUUUGCGCAUGAAAGCCAAAGAGCACAGUGCAGCCAUAUCUUGGGCCACAUGAUGUGCUGAUAGCUGCAGGACGGGGGGACCUCUUUGACCCCUGAGAUGUCUACCCAAACCCAGCAUGGGGUGAGGGGGCACUAUAAUCGAAAACUCUAAAAGGCAACAGUGACUACCUUCAUAAAUGUUGCAAUAAAAUAAUUAUUCAAAUACAAGGACGGGCGAUUACUGCAAGAGAGAACAAGAUUUGGCAAGAUAAGUGGCGUGGCACUGCCAUGUUUCUCAACCCCUCUGGUGGAAAAAAGCAACCACAGUGUGUGGAAAGCCUGGUGGGAGGGGAUGCUGUACUGUAUAACAGGAGUUGUAUUGUAGUUCAGAUGAUAGGCUAAGGAAAAUGUUCGGAAAAUAAUUUCACAUAAAUCCAUGCACUUAUUUGCUAAAAUACAGGAAAUUGUGUUUGUACAGUGCUCUCAGCGUCAUUGUAGUUCUCUUUUCAGGUGCUGUUUUAUUCUUACCUUAUUAUUUAAAUUGUGAGUGCUAUUGUUUUGUUUUUUUUCUUCCUCCAGUCAUUUUGUUACUGGUUUUGUUUUGAAAAAUAGUUCAGCAAGCAUCCUUAAAAAAAACUGAAAUUAUAAUUUCGCUGUUUCAUGAAAUGUUCAUAUUAUUCUAAGGCAAUCUUAAUCAGCAUUAGCACAUGCAGAAGUGUGUAACUUCAGUCACACUGUAUGAUAGUGCUACAGAAAACUUUCUAUAUCCAGCAUAUCUGUCACAUUAUGAAGCUUCUCAGAUUCAAUGCAAACAUCUCAGUUAUAAAAAAAAUGUGGAAGUGGCUCCAGCCUUGAGCAUUUAAAAGUCAAACAGAUUCAAUUUGGUUUGUUUUAGUGUGGUCAGGGUGAGAGAUCCACCUGCCGCACUGACUCAGCCUGCUGAUGGCCAGAGAAAGGAAGGGAUGGAGGAGGAAGUGGUGUGUGGGAGAAUGAGAGGGGCACAGCAGGCCUGCUGCUCUCAGGGCUGAAGAGCCUGGGAGCGCCAGCCUCCAAACAGAGCCAGCUCUGUUUUAAGGAGGACAGACUUCUAAGUGGACAUGACUGCCCUUGCAUUUCCAGUCUCAGGAGUUUCAGAGAGAGAAGUGCCUACUAGUCAGUCAAUCUGCCAGAAAUAACACCGAAACCAGCAGCAGGCACCUUUAAACAAGAGGAGGCUGAGGGAGAUUACACAGAGUGUGUUGACACUUUUAAACACUGAAAGGAUGUCAGUCUUCAACAGCCUUUUCUGGACUUUAACACAGUAGUGAUUGGCUGUCAUGGCCAACAGGUAAAUGGUCAUGAAGCAGUUCUGGCAUAAGCGUUAUUGUAUUUCUUGCUCUUUUUUUGUCUUUAUUUCUGUCAAAUCAAAACAAAGGAAGCCAUCGACCAGAUUAGUGCAGUUGCCUCUGUCGUCUUCAGUAAGAUUUUGACUACAGUCAGUUGGAUGUUGCACCUUGGACGACUCAGCACAGGCUUGAGUAUUACAAAUCAGCUUCAUCCUCCAUCUUAAGACACGCUAAAGUCAUAUUUUAUCACACAAAAAACAUGCUUCUGUUCAUCACAUAUACAUCUAACAUUUCUCUAAAUAAUGUUGGGUGAUGAUAUUCAAUUUUAGCGAAUGAGGCAACAGAAAGAGGCAAGAGGAUUUCUAUGGAAAUUAGCUGAGGUAGAAGCAAAGCCUCAUCAUCAACCAGGCACAGUGGGCAACUGACCCAAGGCCCCAAACUCUCAGAUUCACUGCCAAUUGUUUUUUUGGUAAUUUGAUUACUUACUAAUUUGUUUGUGAUUUUGCAUCGCUAAAGUGCAAUAACAACAGGGUCCCGCAUUAUUAUUUACUGUAAUCUUGUGGCCUUAUCUUGUAAAGGAGCCGUGUGUCAAAAUCUAGUUCUAAAAUUUUUAUUAUUUUUUUAUUUAUAUUGUUUUAAAAGUGGUGUAUAAUCCUAAAUAAAGAGGUGUUUAAUCAAAUAACUGUACAACAAUCUAAUUGGCAUACAGAAACCCUGUGACCAGGUAGUCUGUGAAGGUUCUUUGUCAUCCAUGUCACAGUUAUCCAAGGAUGGGUUAAAACCAAGAGCAACUGGACUUUGGAGGUCCUUCGAAGACGUUUCGCCUCUUAUGAGGGACGAAACGUUUUUGAAGCACCUUUAACAAAGUCCAGUUGCUAUUGAUUUUAACCCUUCCUUGGAUAACUGGGAUCAGGUAGUGUUCCAGUAUACGUGUACUGGUUGGCUGCUCUUAAGUGGGAUGUUUGCACUGUCCUUUAGGAGAACUUGUAGACAACAUGGGCCCGACAGAUAUGGUUAACCUCAAACAGGUUUAUCUGGCCAUGGUAGAUGUGUAAAAAAUGUGUAGAGUAGCAGAAGAAUCAGUGAUAGUCAUUGUGUCAUGUAGUGUCCCAAAGUGUCAGUAUGGAAAAUGCAAGUGUGAAGUUUGAGCCCAACCUCAUUAGUUUUUUUUGGCAAAAUGUGUUUUAGUAAAACCACUAAUGUGUCAGGAUAAAGCACCGUAGAGAAUCGCGUUCCCUGUCUCCACUCUGGUUACAGCCUUUACUCCCUGUUUACUUCUAUCUCGGCUUGGAACAAUAUGUCUUUGUUUGUGUCUGUCUGUGGAAAGAAUAGAGGAGGGGGCCAGCCAGAGAGGAGCCCCAUAUCUAUGAGCCUAAAUCAUAUCCAUGUCCUCAUAUCAUUCAAAUAAUAAAAUCAUAAACCUUGCUUUUCCCCUGGCCUCAUCCAGUGACAGAAAUAGCGGAUGAGGUUAUGCUCCUUUGUUAGAAAGGCCUGAUUUAAGCAAAACAAAGGGUUUCAAGCAACCUGAUACCUUGUAGUCACCUUCAGGCCAAGCAACCAUAGCUAAUUCUCUAAACUGAACCACAUUCAACGUCCAUCUGGGCAGGUAAAAGAAGUGGGGUGCAGGCUAUAAUCUGUCAGCAUAACAGCUCACCCAAGAAUCCCAGAAAUGACAUAUAGUUCUACUCUCCAACCCAGAGCCAAGGUAUAUGCAUAAUCCUGACUAUAGCGUACAUAUCUCUUAAACAGAGAGGGUGUCCUUGCAAAUGUGGACAUAGGGCCCCCUUUGCUCUAGCUGUGGGGUUGGACGGAGGGCGAGCCGCGAGGGCGUCUGCUGUGUUCCGGUGUUCUGGGAAAAGGACAGUGCACACAGCUGCGCUCAGGGGGUAAAUGCAAAACAAACAUGCCUCACACAUGCUUCCCCCUCAGCUGUCAUGGCUCUGCUUUCAAAGAUUCUCCCCCCUCCUUAAUACACACAUACACACUGCUCUGUGCCUCUCCCUUUGCUCACUUCCACUAUGUCCACUGGCUCAAAGCUGCGGCCCCUCUUUCGCAGGGUCCGAGGCACAGCCGCACGCCCAACCUGGGAAGGCUUAUUAAUUAACACUGAGCCAUUUGGAGGCUGUAGACUGCAGUAUUGUGUGUCAGGAUAGACAGGGCCGUCUGUCUUCUGGUUGGUUUAAUGUAGACCGUUUCUCUGCACAGUGCGCACAGACAUACUGGCAUUCAGUAGCUCAGGUUUACACAAUACAUACUCACUGGUUUCCCUCUUCUGUGUAUUUAAGCUGCAUUAUUCUUGGACUGAAACAUCUCCAGUGAUGUCGUCCUCCACUAGGAGCCACAGACACUCUUGAUCUACUUCUAAUUACAUAAGGACUGUUAAUGCGAGAUUAGAGUAAAAGCCUCUCCCUCCUGUAUGCUGCAUAACUACAUCCCUGAGUGAUGAAAUCAUCAUCCAAUUUUCUCAUUUUCUAAUACUACUGAAGUCAGGCAAUCAGUAUAGGAGUAAAUAUAUGAUAAAUAUGUGUGCCGUUGUGUGCAUGCAAAAUGGAUUGGAAUGAGGUGUUGUAAACUCUUGGAAACGUUACUUAAUUAGAUGUUAUGUUUUAUUUUGUGAGAAUGUUUAUCGAGUAUUUGAGUGUAUCACUUUUUUUCAUUUGGUGUUAAAAUUGUAUUUCCAGAGUUGUUUGAACAUUACUUUCCUCUUGAUAUGUAAUUCUUAAGAGUUUCAAAGUUGUUUUUUUUCUCAAAGUUUUUGUGGCUUUAAGCUGUCUUUUGAAAUGAGUGUAUGAAUUUACUCAUGCUUGUGUUCUUUUUUGUGUGAUUAAAGUACAAUAAGUUAUUGCA